CAGGUCUCGGGCCCUCAGGCGGAGCGGCGGGCGCCGGACCCCCAGGCGGAGCAGCGGGCGCCGGACCCCCAGAUGGAGCGACAGGUCUCGGGCCCUCAGGCGGAGCGGCGGGCGAAGCGGCGGGCACCGAGUCACCAGGCACGACAGUGGGCACCGAGUCAUCUGGCAAGACUGCGGGCACCGAGUCAACUGGCGGAACUGUGGGCACCGAGUCGUCUGGCAAGACUGCGGGCACGAGUCAACUGGCGGAACAGCGGGCACCGAGUCGUCUGGCAAGACUGCGGGGCACCGAGUCGUCUGGCAAGACUGCGGGCACCGAGUCGUCUGGCAAGACUGCGGGCACCGAGUCGUCUGGCAAGACUGCAGGCACCGAGUCAACUGGCGGAACAGCGG